CCCCAGCCCCGGCUGCAGGUGGACUCGGCGCCUCGCGGGGGACGCAGGCCGCGCAGGCGCCAUGGCGUCGGACCUGGAGAGCAGCCUGACGUCCAUCGACUGGCUGCCGCAGCUGACGCUGCGCGCCACGCUGGAGAAGCUGGGCGGGGCGGCGCCGCCGCCGGGCCGCAGGUGCGCGCCGGGCUCGCCCGCGCCCGCCGAGCCGCGGCCGGGCGCCGACGAGGCCGCGCAGGACGGCAAGCCGCGCUACAGCUACGCCACGCUCAUCACCUACGCCAUCAACUCCUCGCCCGCCAAGCGCAUGACGCUCAGCGACAUCUACCGCUGGAUCUGCGACAACUUCCCCUACUACAAGAACGCCGGCGUGGGCUGGAAGAAUUCCAUUCGGCACAACCUGUCUCUCAACAAGUGUUUCCGGAAGGUUCCCCGACCUCGAGAUGACCCUGGGAAGGGCUCUUACUGGACCAUCGACACCUGUCCCGACAUCUCCCGGAAGAGGAGACACCCCCCGGAUGAUGAGCUGUGUCAAGAUUCCCCCGAGCAGGAGGCCAGCAAGAGCCCCCGGGGGGCCGUGCCGGGAAGCGGGGAGCCCCCGGCCUCCCUGCCUCCCGAGGGCAACCCUCAGAUGCCGCUCUCCAGCCCCGCCGCCAUGGCCAGCUACAGCCAGGGCGGCGGCGCGGCCCCGGGCCCCGGCGGCGGCGGGCGGGACGGCGCGGAGGGCGGCCCGCCCCUCUACCCCGCCAACCCCGACUUCAAGUUCUCCUACUCCGAGAUCAACUUCCAGGACCUGAGCUGGUCCUUCCGCAACCUGUACAAGUCCAUGCUGGAGAAGUCGUCCUCCGCCGCCGCCGCCUCGCAGCACGGCUUCUCGUCGCUGCUGGGGGACAUGACGCCCUCCAACAACUACUACAUGUACCAGCAGCCGCCGCCCCAGACGCCGCCGGCCCCAGCCCAGGGCCCCCCCGCCGUGCCGGCCGCCCCUCCUCUGCACACCCCAAGCCCCGACGGGCCGCCCGGGGUGCUGGGCAUGCACGCCUCCCUGCAGCAGCCAGGGUACCCCCACCCGCCGCACCCCGCCCAGCAGCCCGCGCCGCAGCCGCCGGGCCAGGCGGCCAUCCACAGCCCCGCGUUCGCCUUCCCUCCAGACUGGUGCUCCAGCCUCGACUCCCUCAAGGAGAGCUUUAAGAUGGUCAACCGGCUCAACUGGUCCAGCAUCGAGCAGUCGCAGUUCUCAGAACUGAUGGAGAACCUGCGGCAGGCCGAGCAGAAGAAUUGGACUCUGGACCAGCACCACAUCGCCAACCUGUGCGACUCCCUCAGCCAUUUCCUCACACAGGCUGGGCACCUGCCCCCCCAGAGCCCGCACCGGCCCCCCGCGCCGGCCCCCCGCACCGAGGCCUGCGCCCUCACCGGCGGCAAGCAGGGGGCAGCCAUGAGCCAAGUGAACUCUUACGGACACCCCCAGCCCCCCCACCUCUACCCCGGCCCAUCGCCCAUGUACCCCGUCUCUACCCAGGACUCGGCAGGCUACAGCCGCCCAGCUCACCACCUGGUCCCCCGGCCCCCCGUCCAGGCCCCCGCCGCGAAUGAGGAGAUCUCUGACGACUUCGACUGGGACUUGAUCACCUAACGCGUCCUCCAGGAGAAAGGAGACAGCAACGCUCCUCCUCCCGCUGUACAUAGAUACUCUCGCUCUUGGUUCUGAGUUCUCCCCCAUCCCUGACAUCACCGCCACCGGCUGCCACCAACCCAGACUUCCUGUCUCUGCCCAAGUCUUGAUCUUUCAUUGUUUUGAAUUCUUCUAAUUUGAGGAGGAGGAGGAGGAAUUAAUUGGUUCAUACGAUCUCUGCCCACGCCUCCCAGCGCCCAUCAGCGUCAGCCUUUGCGAAUUGCAAAGCAAAACAAGAACAAGGAAAAAACGAUCAGGCUUCCAGAGCCAACCACGAUCCUCAGAUCCCAGCCUCCUGCGCGGCUGGGAUUACAGGCCUGCGCACCGGCGCCCGGCUGCUGGACCUGUCCCUGGCAGGAGCAACCCAGACUUGGGUGCAGGCCAGCGGGAGACGGGGUUCGGGGUGCUGGUGUAUUCCCAGCGCCUUCCCCUUGCUCUGCACCCCGACCUGCCUCGCAGAUCCUCUCCCAGAUCCCCCCUCGCUCCUUCCCCUUCUCCGCUUCCUCUCUCCUCCCUCCCCUCCCCCUCUCCUCUCCUGUGGUUUUGUUCGUUUAAUUUUCUUGUUCGUGUGCGCGGCUCCUGGGCCUCACGCCCACCCUGUGCCUUCUUCUUAUUUUUUCCUCCUCAAGGUUGGCGCUCUACCACUUGAGCCACACCUCCCCUCCUGGCUUUUAGCCGGUUCACAGGAGAUAAGAGUCUGCCGGGCUGUCCAAGGCCAGGCUAGCUCUCAGCUGCCAUCCACGUAGCCUAGCCGGGAUUACAGGCGUGAGCCACCGUGCCCGGCCCUAGUUCAUGAUCUGAAGAGGUGGAGUUGGUUUUAGUUGGUGCAUGAACACCUUUGGUCAGAACCGGGUCAGCUGGGUUUUUUGUUUGUUUUUGGUGGCUCGAACUCAGGGCCUGGCCUGGGUGCUGUCCCAUAGAUCCUUCCUUCCUUCCUUCCUUCCUUCCUUCCUUCCUUCCUUCCUUCCCCAGGUUGGUGCUCUACCAAUUGAGCCCAACCUCCCCACCUGCUGGUUCAGUGGAGAUCAGAGUCCCCCGGACUUUUCCUGCCUAAGGCUGGCCUCGAACCGCGAUCCUCAGACCUCAGCCUCCCGAGUGGCUGGGAUGCCAGGCGGGCGCCACCGCGCCCAACCUUCCUUCCAUGUUCAUGCCACCAACUGCCCACAGGGACACUGCGCGUCAGUCCUCACGUUCCCUCCGCCCUCCCGCUCUUCUCCCCCGAGCCCCCUCUUCCCUGUGGCUGGCAGAGGACUCUGCGGGAGCGCGGGGAGAGGCAGAGGUGGGGGGGUUAGAGCGGGCAGCUGAGCGAAAGAAGCACUUUAUUUCUUUGAGUCUUUUGUAAG